AUUUCACAAUAUCAUGAAAGCUUGGCCUCCAAUAAUUGUUAAAUAACUACUCAACCAGUUUCAAUGUUACAUUAGAUUUAUAGAUUGGCUCUUGAUAAGUUUCAUUUUUUGUACCAUGUUGGCAAUAACUUUGAUACUUUUAUUAACUAAAGUGUAUUCAUCUCUGAGCUAUGAAAAAUUGAACUGUGAUUGUGGGAUUGAAAGUGUUGACUCUAAGAUCGUCAAUGGAACUGAAGCUACUCCCAAUAAUUACCGAUGGAUGGCUGGAAUUUCUGGUCGUAAUUUACAGAAUGUCUUCUGUGGUGGAACACUAAUAAACAACCGAUAUAUCUUAACCGCUGGCCACUGUUUUACCGACGUUGAUCCAUCAAAUGUACGCAUUAUCCUAGGAGCUCAUGAUUUAACCAAAUUACAAAAUGCUUCAAUAUACACAGCUGAUAAGAUUAUUGUCCAUGAAAAGUAUGAACCCAAUUCUUCUCAUCAAAGGUAUGACAUUGCUUUGAUACGAUUGAACAGGAAUGUUACCUUUACAAAUAACAUUGGACCAGUGUGUUUACCUCCAAGAAACAUGAAACGAAGCUUUGGUUCAUUUAAGGUAAUUGGUUGGGGUUCAUUGGGUGAAGGUAAAGAAACGUCAACUCGAUUAAUGGAAGUAAUUGUUAGAGAAAGGCCAUUAAAUGUUUGCCAAAAGCUUCUUACUGAUUCAAGGAUAACAAUUGAUCACAUCUGUGCUGGUGAUUCCACGUAUGAUUCUUGUUCAGGAGAUUCGGGUGGACCUUUGAUGAGCAAAAUUAGAGGAAGAGUUUACAUUGUUGGUUUGGUUUCGUGGGGCGUUGAAUGUGGCCAUAAAAGCUAUCCAGGAGUUUACACCAGAGUAUCUUCGUACGGAAUGUGGAUCUAUCAAAACUCUAGAGAAGCUCUUUAUUGUAACAAUCAAGCAUUUCACAAUAAGUCCUCCGGUUGACAAUCAAAUAUUGCAUCAGAAAUGUGAUAUAAAAGGCAAGAUCUGAUUGUUAUAUAUUUUAUGUAAACGACCAAUAAUUAUUUAUUAAUUGUAUUGGCUACUCAAUAGUUUCCUUUAUGCAUUCUCAUCAUCUAAAUUUGAUGUAUUUAGAUUGUCAAUGUUGAAGGAAAACAGUUUAAUGAUUGAUUAGAUCGUGAUGUGAAUAACUUAAAUGUUACUCUAUUAUGUUUGUUUGUUUUUCUUGUUCAUGAUAGAGGAAAUGUUGUCAAUAAUCUGUUGCUGUUCAGAUGAUACAGUUUUCACUGAUUUUAUUGUCAUUUAAACAUGUCUUUUUAUUUCGUUUUACUUUCAGGGUUAUCAAUGAAUGUUUACAACUUCAAAAGAUUGAUAACCAAUUCAAGGUUGAUUUUAGAAUCUGAUUCAAUAGGUUGGAAGAUUCUGGAUACGUCAAACAAUUAUUUAAUCAACAAUAGAAACCUUUCAAUGAAGGUUGAAGCAGGUUUUUUCCUGGUGAACCAGAAAACCAAUCAAGAAAAGUGUUCAAUUAAACGCUGAUAUAACGCUGAUUAGCUGAUGAAAUGUUGCUUCUAAUGUUAUGUCAACUCUGGUUACUUCUGUAUUGCAUGAUUAACAGUAUUAAUCAUGUUAAAUUUGGCUUUGCUCCGAGUUUAUUAAUGUCACCUUGAACUUGAUGGAAGAAACCGAUGUGAUUUAAGUUCUUAUGGAAACUUUACAUCAUGAAUUACUCAGCCAACUUAAUAAAACGUGAUCAAAUGUAAACAUUAAAGAGCAUGAUUUAAACAGAAAA